AUGCCCUCAAAGCGAUCCGCAGAGUCGACGCCUCAACGUGGCUCGAAGCGCCUCAAAGAGCAUACACCGGAAGCUAAGAGAGCGCGGCUGUAUCAGGCUGUAGAUGCAAGUCGCAAGGAGAUCCGACUCUUGGUCGUAGCAGCAGGAGCGAAAGACGAUCCCGUACGAGGGACCUUCAGGCACGUCUCGCUACUUGACGACCCGAAGCCGGUCUUCGAGACCAUCUCAUAUGUCUGGGGCGAUCCUAAGCUCCGAGCCACGAUGUUCUUGCAUGGCCUACUCAUCGGUAUUCCCAAAAGCUCCGAGCGUGUGUUGCGACGCAUGCGACACAGACAUUGUCAGCGUAAGUAG